AUAAUAUAUAUUUAUUUAAUAAUUAUUAAAAGAAUUUUAUUUUAUCGAUAUUUCAACAAUAUUUAAGGGGUUAUAUGUGAUUACAGACAGUACGUCAUGAAAGUGCAGGUUAAGGAUUUGACACAUUGUAUAUUGCAUCAUUAAUUUAUAAAUAAAUCUUCAAAUUUAAUAAGUUUAACUCUAUAAAAAUUGCCAAUAACAUUAUUAUAAGAUCCAAUAGUAUGUUCUAUGAAUAAUUCAUCUAAUGAUAAAUAUAUUUGGUCGAUUGUUCAAUCCAUGUGUAAAAACCUUUAGAUCAACGCCAUUUUUAGAAGGUGUAUAUUGUUGUGUAGUGGCAGAGAGGUUGGGCCACGUAGUUACUUCAUGGGAGAAAAUUUAAAUUUUGUGUCUACGUUAUUGGGCUUGGAAUUGUUUAAUACUGUAAAUAUACAUUGUACAAUAAAAAAUGCCUCUGAGGUUAGAUAUCAAACGAAAACUGACUGCGAGGUCAGACAGAGUAAAAAGUGUAGAUCUUCAUCCAACAGAACCAUGGAUGCUUUGUUCCUUGUAUCAGGGAAAUGUUAAUAUAUGGAAUCAUGAAAAUCAAAUGCUGGUCAAAACAUUUGAAGUGUGUGAUUUACCAGUUCGUACAGCUAAAUUUGUGCCACGCAAGAAUUGGGUUGUUACUGGUUCAGAUGAUAUGCAAGUUAGAGUAUUUAAUUAUAAUACCUUAGAACGUGUGCAUUCUUUUGAGGCACAUAGUGACUAUGUCAGAUGUAUUGCAGUACAUCCAACACAACCAUUUAUAUUAACAAGUAGUGAUGAUAUGUUAAUCAAAUUAUGGAAUUGGGAAAAAGGUUGGAUAGGACAACAAGUGUUUGAGGGACACACACAUUAUGUAAUGCAAGUUGUAUUCAAUCCAAAAGAUAACAAUACAUUUGCAAGUGCAUCAUUAGACAGAACAGUGAAAGUUUGGCAACUUGGAUCUUCAACUGCCAAUUUCACUUUAGAUGGUCAUGAAAAAGGUGUAAAUUGUGUUGAUUACUAUCAUGGUGGAGACAAACCAUACUUAAUAUCAGGGGCGGAUGAUAACUAUGUCAAAAUCUGGGAUUAUCAAAACAAAACUUGUGUACAAACAUUGGAAGGACAUACACAGAAUAUUUGUGCUGUUUGCUUCCAUCCAGAAUUACCAAUUAUUCUCACUGGUUCUGAAGAUGGAACAGUUCGAAUAUGGCAUUCUGGAACAUACAGAUUGGAAUCUUCUCUUAAUUAUGGUUUUGAAAGAGUAUGGACAAUUGCUUGUUUACGGGGUUCGAAUAAUGUUGCAAUUGGUUAUGAUGAAAGUAGUGUUAUAGUAAAAGUAGGUAGAGAGGAACCUGCAGUUUCAAUGGAUUCAUUGGGUGGUAAAAUCGUUUGGGCGAAGCACAGUGAAAUACAGCAAGUGAAUUUGAAAGCCUUGGGAGAAGAAACACAAGAUGGAGAGAGGCUUCCAUUAGCUGUUAAAGAUAUGGGUGCUUGUGAAAUUUAUCCACAAACAAUUCAACACAAUCCAAAUGGAAGAUUCUUAGUUGUUUGUGGAGAUGGAGAAUAUAUUAUUUACACAUCUAUGGCAUUAAGAAAUAAAGCCUUUGGUCAAGCAUCAGAAUUUAUUUGGGCAGCUGAUUCAAGUCAGUAUGCUGUUAGAGAAAGUAACACUACUGUAAAAGUUUUUAAAAACUUUAAAGAAAAAAAGAGUUUUAAACCCGAUUUUGGUGCUGAUGGUAUUUUUGGGGGAUUUUUAUUGGGCGUUUCAUCCGGAUCUGGCUUAUCGUUCUUCGAUUGGGAUACGUUAAAGUUAAUUCGUCGUAUAGACAUUCAACCUACACAUGUCUAUUGGGCCGAAAAUGCCUCUUUAGUAGCAUUGGCAACAUCUGAUCAAUACUUUAUUUUAAAAUAUCAUACUGAUGCUGUUGCAAACGCACCAGAAAAUUCGGAAGACAUUGAAGAUGCUUUCGAGAUGGUAGCAGAAAUGAAUGAAGUUGUAAAAACUGGUCUUUGGGUUGGCGAUUGCUUCAUUUAUACAAAUAGUGUAAAUCGAAUAAAUUAUUUUGUUGGUGGAGAAGUUGUGACUGUAUCACACUUGGAUAGACCAAUGUAUCUUCUUGGAUAUGUACCGAGGGAUAACAGAUUGUAUCUAUGUGAUAAGGAAUUAUCUGUUGUUUCAUAUUCACUAUUGUUGUCUGUAUUAGAAUACCAAACUGCUGUUAUGCGAAAAGAUUUUGAAACAGCAGAUAGAGUUCUUCCCACAGUUCCCAAAGAACAUCGUACGCGUGUGGCUCAUUUCUUGGAGAAACAAGGUUUUAAAGAACAAGCAUUAGCCGUAUCUACGGAUCCAGAGCAUAGGUUCGAACUGGCUCUAGCUUUGGGAGAUCUCGUAACGGCACAUUCUCUUGCUAAGGAAGCAAAUAGCCAGCAAAAAUGGCGACAAUUGGCAUCUCUUGCCACGCAGAAAGGAAAAUUGUGUUUAGCACAAGAAUGUUUGCAUCAGGCACAAGAUUUCGGAGGACUUUUAUUGCUCGCCACAAGCACAGGAAAUGCGAAUAUGAUUCAAAAAUUGGGCGUAGACGCAGACGAAACUGGCAAGAAUAAUAUUUCUUUCUUAUCAUAUUUUAUUCUUGGAGAUCUCGACAAGUGCCUAGAUAUUCUCAUAAAGACAGAUAGAAUUCCAGAAGCUGCAUUUUUUGCAAGAACAUAUGCCCCUAGUAAAAUUUCAUCUAUUGUAAAAUUAUGGAAGGAAAAACUAUCAACUGUAAGCAAGAAAGCCGGACAAAGUUUGGCUGAUCCUGAACAGUACGAAAAUCUGUUUCCUGGAUAUAGAGAAGCAUUGAAAGUUGAGCAGUUUCUUAGAGAAGAGAGUAAAAAAAAGAUUCCGGCAUCUGCAUUUCCGGAAGUACAAUCCAAUGUCGAUCGAAAACCAUUCGAAGAGAUGUUGGCAGCUGAUUUGGAUCUCGAUCUCGAAAUUGACGAUACUAUCGAUACUACUGGUGUGAAUCUUGACGAUGACCUUCUUGAGGAAGAUUAGUCGAUUGGAGGCUAGGUAACGUGUAUUUCACACGUGUAAUAUCCAUUCUUCUGUCAAUCAUUCCCCACGAGCCAAUCAGAAUUGUUUAAACUCAAGUAUUAAAAAGAAAAGAUAUCGCGAAAGAACAUUUUUGUGCGCGAGUGUUUUUAUCAUGCACAAUAUUCAACCUGUGCACGCAGACUUUAUUCAUGUACCGAGAAUUAUAUAGUAUAUUGUAAUAUAACAAAAUAUUCACAUAAGUUUUCACCUGUUUUUUUCCAUGGCCAUCAUUGCCCAAUCUUGAGGUAUCUUUUUUAUCGAUGCUUGGAAAUUUAGGAAAUCUACAAAUAUAUGUUAAUAUAAAAAAGUUCAAUACAAUUUAAUUUCCAUUUUAUUUUGCAGAUAAAUAUUUCCGUGUUGGAGAAAUAAACAAUAAAUAUUUAUAUUCUGAAAA